GAUGCCACUUGUCACCGGCACAUAGAACCGGUUGUGAAUCUGUUACUUACUCUCUCCUUGUCUAAUCAAAUGCCAGUGCAAUGAUAUAUAAACUUAUUGACCAUCUGGUCAAAUCGUUCGGAAGAGAGGUGAUUGAACAAUGGAUACCACUCGAAAGAUUGAAUAUCACCUCAGUUACAGACCCGGAAAUCACGCUGGUCAACAUACCAAUACCGGAAAAACUGUUUGAUAACCCUAGCAUGCCCUUCCAGGUGGUUAAAUCCAAUAUCGGUAAAGUUGUCAUCCGCUGCCCCUGGAAGACAGUACUAAUGAAUGAUGGGUCUGUAUCACUCACUGUUGAAGUACACGACGUGGAUGCAGUAUUGAGAUUUAAACGAUUAGACGAGUUUGACCCCGAGAAGGUUGAGUCAUUCCUGAUUAAAACACGUGAAAAGCUGCUUCGUAAAUGGAAUGCCGCAGUAUCGUCUCUGGGACUACUUUCGUCCAAAGGUGGGAAUAAGGGCCACCGCGGCACGGCUAUACUGAAUUCCCUAAACAUGGAAGUGCAUAACCUAAAGAUAAUGAUCGCCGAUGACAUGUUGUACGACGAGCCUUUUAGCAUAACUAUCGAGUCGAAUUUACUCAUUGGGAAAGGUAUCAGCCCGGACGAUCCGUCGUUACUAGAUUACGAGAAACAGGGAGUAUCGGAUCAUAUGCUGAAUGCAUUGUGGUUUACCUCCAGUGGAGUGCAAAUUUGGCUUGCAAUAUACCAUCAAGGUGAAACUAGCAACACAGAGGAUUCAAUGCCCGAAAACCCCUUUGACCACUCAGAUUGGAUCUUGAGUGCCAAGAGGUCACGUACUAAGGGGGAUACAGACCUGUCGGAUACAGCAUCAUCACACGAUAGUGAUGAUGAUAUCAUAGACGAAUUCCCCAGUAGGGCAUCGUCGCGCUUUAGUGAUGAACUAUUCGAUGAAGAACCGAGUGAACAUAUGUCACAGGAUACCUCAGCUGUCUCUGAAGGUAGUUUUUGGAACUUUUGCAGCGUGCCGUGCAAUGCCGACGUUGAAGAGUCAGUGGUUGAACCCGGAAACAUGCAUAUUAAACCUUGUGAUGAGGGUUUAAUGAGGGUACUACAGGGCCCAUACAAGCACUAUAACGUGACUCCACCGGAAGGGCUUACUUUAGAUAUAGUAUUCAAGAUGUGGGCAAUGAGCUCUUUGGUAUCGAUGCCAAAUGCCAGCAAGGAGCACCGCCGAACUGUCGAGGUGUCGCUGCGUUCAACGGCAUCCGUGGAUACCAAAGGUCCCCCCAAUUUCAACGGUAACAUCCAGUUCAACCCCCUGGAUCUCAUGCUAACGCAAUCUGGUGCUAAGAUACUCUACAACAUUAUAAGAUACAUACAAAUCAAGUCUUUAUUCAAAACACGUGCUAGUGCCGACUACAACGGCUUGCCAGACGGACCGGAUUGUCAACGUUAUAUCGAUAUUAUAAGGAUGCUCCAGUGGACACAUAGCGAAGGGGAGUCUACGUUCGUAAAGGAAAUGGAAUUAAAAACAGCAUUUCACAAACUGCUCCUAAUGAAACAGAUGGCCAAUGCCACCAAGAACCGUAUUGUCCGUGAUAAUGUAUGCUUCAUCAGUGUGCCCUGUAUCCCAGAGGAGCAUACAGAGGAAGCUGAGCAUGUGCUCUUCCAGGAAAGUAUAGUGCAGUCCUAUACCUGGUAUCAAUGGGAUAUGACAAUGAGGUUCAUAUUCCCGAAUUUUAGCCUACACGUGGUAAUGUUGCCGAAUAUACCAAGUACACGCACAUUGCCUGCGGUAGUAAUACAGCUAAGCACAUUUCUCCUGGAGUAUAACACCCUGUGCCGACGUGGAUCCUGUGAUAUCUUGUUAUUCAAACCGAUUGUCCGCUUUGGCAAGGUCAGAGUGGCAACACGUAAACGUAGUUUCAGUGCAAAAGUUAUGAUGCGGCCCAUGAAGGGAUCGGAGCAUCUAUUAUUCUAUCCGGAGCGUAUGAUCACCGAUGUCUAUGACUUUUUCGGUAACUACGGCUCAGACUGCAUUAACCAUGGAGGACCAUGGGAACACGUGGUCUCGAAGAAUGACCAUAUAGUGCAUAUCAGCCUGCAGAAGUAUGCCAACGAUAUCAAGAAGGUGGAGUUGCACGCACCGAAAUUGGUACUGAUCCUAAAUGCAUUUUGCAGUAUGGACACCGCCAUGGUCAAUAUGCUACUGGAUACAGAUUUCGUAAACGUACAACAAUUUAUAGAGAGCAAUGAGUUACAUGGAUUUAUGAACCCGAAAGCAGUGCAGCUGAUGACAUCCGAGGAUGUAUCCUAUAGUACCAAGACCGUGGUGAAGAUGUUUAUUAGUGGUAUAGUUGUACGUACCCUAUUCCAGAGUUUACAUGAAAACCAACGCCUGGAAGCUGAUUGGGAUAGCGUUGAUGGUACCUCAACAGAUCAACGUAAUGUCUGUGCUAAGUUCAUACUUAACGACAAAAUGCUCAGUACAUGGGAGUACUGCGAGGAUAUUGACGACCCAUUUGCAUUCAAGCACUCGUACUCCAAUCCUGGUAGCCGUUUAUUCGGGCAUACCGAUGGGUCCCAUAAAACGGUCUAUGGUAAAUCGGAAUUUGUAUCAGAGAUGGAUACCAUGGGAUCCAUGGAUCAAGGUGCGUUUGUAUUAUUAGGACCCGAAGGAUACAACAAGCUGUCGCUGAAGUCCAACCUAGUGAAUCAUUUGGGGAAGUUACGUAAAUGGUACCGUAAUACAGCGUCACUGCAGCUGCCGCAAGAGCUGCUGGGUGAUCUGGGAUCACUUCACUCCAUGGUAGUGAAGGUCGACCUCAUUACCAUGAAUUACCUCUCCGAAAGCUCAACAGCGUACUUCACAAUAGGCACGGCAUUGGCAGGAUGUACUAACCUACGUGGAAACAGUACCGAGCUCCUGAAUCUGAAAUGUAUAACAUUUGCGAAAAAACGGAAUGCUAUUUGUGCGGACCUCGAGAAUGUUUGUGCAAUGCUAGAUCCCAGGAUACCACUAUACAAAACUAUAAUGGAUAUUGUACCAUCCUUGAAACAGUAUAUCACACGUAUAGCAGAGUUCUUCAAGCGGUUUAAGUCAAUAUCAAAAUUGGAUAAUAACCACUUGUACCGAGACUGUAAUGUAGUAUGCAGUACUGAACUUUGCAAGGCGUUGACAACGGACUACUAUAUGGGCUCGCCCGAUGUUAUAGAAGGUUGUUCCGAAGAUUUAAUGGAUGCGCUGGAGCGUAAGGUCUGCUCUGUUGAUCCUAAGGAUAAGACUCUCUUCCUAUCACUAGGAGCUGUGAGGGUAAAUAUCGCAGCGGAGCAUAUACUCUAUGAGUUUCUAGUACAUAAGGUACAAGUGGAUCUAUGUGGGCGCCAACGCCUGAAGCUGUAUGUUGGCAGCAUGGCAUUGUGUAAAGUAGACGCCAGCGCCAAGCAGGUGCUACUAACCUCGAGGCAAGGUGACCUUGGUGCCAAUGUGGAGGCCACGAUGACUGAAGUGGAUAACGGACAGCUAAUGCUAGACUACAACAGUAAGGAUGGAAAGUACUGCAAACUAGAAGUGCGCAAUGUACAUCACAUGGUCGACAUGGGCUUUAUAACAACAGUAAAUAACCUGAUGAAGCAAUUGCGCAAGUCACAGGGGUCGCCACCAUCGCGUUUUGGUAAUGUUAACGGGCAUAUCAUGAUACACCAUUCAAGCGUACACUACAACGGAAUUGGUGCUAUGGUCGACGUAUAUGCUACCGUAAAAGCAACGGAUGCCACCGGAGCACGGAAUCUCUCGGUGGAUGUACCACGUCUACAUGUAACGUUCACCAGCGGAGUACAAAAACGCGUGUUUGCAGUGUCAUUGUUGGACUUGAUCCUUGAUCUGUCUGAGUACAGGCAAAACAUAGCGCUGAGACACUCAUUGUGCAGCCUGGCCGACUCUCCGAACCAGGAUGUUUCACUGAUUAAUAUGGUGCUUGAACUUUCACAUUGCGCAGUUUGGGGAUUCCAUACAGGCACAGAUGAUUUUAAUCACGUGCCCGGGUAUAGUACACUGGAUGAAGCAGCACGACAGCUGGAGCUUGUGCUCCACGAAGGAUGGUUCAACCACAUGACAUCAGCAGCAUUGCCUUCAUACUAUGACGAUUCCCCUGUUAUAGUAGUCCCCCUACUCACCACGAGUUACGCAGAUAACGCAAGAUUGCCACCACUACUGAAUAAUACAUGGAUUAAAGACUGGUUGGAAAAGGCAAGUUUGGAGCAUGAUGUGCGUAAAACGGAAGUAUUGAUAUCGAAAAUACUCGGAUUGUUCCCAUCAAAUGCGAUGCAACAACGUAAAAGAUGUGUUGCCAAAGUAGCAGCUUCUAUUCUAAAGCUCAAGGAGGUAAUGGUAGCCAUUGCAAGCGUUGACCUGGUGGCACAUACAGCAGUACUACACAGGGAAUCUAUACGCAAUAUACUGGAUCUAUUCGCAUCAUGCAGGUUACUAAAACAACGUAAAAACCAGGAAAACACAAGGGAUAAGAAAAAGUCAAUUGUUACGAAAAUUGAUGUGAAUAUAGAAGAAAUUGAGGUGUUUUGUCCAUACGAAACUGGUCUAAGAGUGGAUAACACCCUGGCAUCAACACUGUUGCCAAAUGUAUUGGUUAAUACCCCUAUGCAUAAACGCAGGCCCAAGACCAAGUCUUCAGCAUUCUAUAUCUUUAGGAUACACAGCGUGCCAUGCGCAAUGGCAAGGUGCACAGCUGAUAGUACAGUCAUGAUGCAAAGCAGCCUAACACUGCAUCUCGUAAGGUCGCUCUACAACAAUAUGAAGUACCUACAGGCCAUGCUAACGUAUGCCUUCUUUGACUACGUGGAUAUGAUGGAAGAUGCUCGAUAUCAAGCUUCGAGGCACCUCUUCGAUGUUAACGACGACGAACGUAAAGGGACCAUCAUAUCAUUCACUUGCCAUAAACUUAAACUCGAUGUGCUGUGCCCGGAGCACCGGUUGGAGUACUGGCGUGAUCUAGUGCAACAUACAAAAAUGAACACUUGCCCAGAAGCACCAGAACUUAACCUCAACUUCAAAGUAGCACUCAGGGUAGACGUCUCUAACCUGAACUCGGAUAUAGCACUGGCUAAUCACAAAAUUGAGAUGAUAAAAGCUGCAAUACAACACGUUGAAAUAACGGAUGCCUUUGAUAAACAGCUGGUACAAGACCUAUAUGGAGCAAGGUGCGCUUUAGGUGACAUUGGAUACAUAGAUGAAACGAGUUUCUGCUACCCCGCGGAUCAAGUAAGUGUUACAUUGACAAGUACUAACGAUGUACAAACGCUAAAGGUCACACUGGAACAUACACGCACUGAAUUGCAAAUUGAUGGAGUCAGUGUAAUACUAGGAUUAGUCCAAGACUUGAAAUUCCCUAAACCAAAAGAGAAGUCCAAUAAACAAAAACGGACGUUAAUCGUGGAGUUCAAUUUAAAUUUACACGAAAUAUGGCUGUAUCAUAGCUUACCUAAGGAGUCCAGUGAUCAGAGUGAUGGACCUGAUGUCGUAUCAAUGAGGUCAAACCUACCAACUGUCGCAGAAAUUGAUCAACGUGCACCCAUACCACGAGUAAUAAAACGAGCUAAAGAAGUAGAUUAUAACCUGAAUGGCGCAAUGACAAGGAGAUUAAGUGGAAGUGAUGCUGAAUUCCUGCACAACGGCAAGGUACUAGGAUGCUUGAUAAGUGUAUCGAUAACAUAUAAUAGAUCAGGAUGCUCAAGCUUCAAAAUUAAAUAUAUGGGUGUGACACACGCUAAACUGAGGCUUAUAAACGGGCUUAAGGUACUAGCUGAUGAACGCAACGACUGUUUGUUGGAUACAUUGAAUAAUGAUGAAAGAAACCUUUUUGAAUUCAGAGAAAGCUGCAUUAGCAUGAAACGCUUGGAUAAUGGACACCUAAUAGUUGCAUUCCAAGCAUCGAAGCCAAGAGUAUCUAUCAAUGUGGACCAGCUUUUCCACCUGUGCCUGCUUAAACCAUACCUAAUAACAACUGCCAUAGAAACACUAAAGGCACAUAAAAUGCACUGGAAAGGUACCGUAGAAACUUCUAGAGAAGAGGAACCUGAUGAUAGUAUGGCAGUGGAAACACAUGAUUUCAUGGAUGCAGUAAGUUACGUAGCAGCCAAAUACGAUAUACCGAUGGUGGACCUCUCGAAAAUGAAUGGAGUAUACAAAAUGUCAUCUGAUGUCGAAGAAGCUAACAUAGAGGCUUUACAAGUGAGAGAAAAGGGAAAUGCGAAAGUAGCGAAAAUGCUGCAUUAUAUAAAUAAGCUGCUGUGGCAUGAUGACGACCCACAGUUAACAGUGUCAGUGGCACUAAGUGAUUGUAAAUGCUCAAUGUUCUCACAUAAAAAUGAGCUGGCAUUAACAUUCAAUAUGCACCAAAUCUCAUUCGAUCUCACACAUACAGCACCAACAAGCAAGAAACGUACAGUCGUGGACUCAUCAAUGAUAUUCAACAUAAGCACGUUCAACACACGCCUGGAUAAUCAUGAUACAGUGCUACAAACAACCGUUGCUACAUUCAAGGUGACUUACGAAGAUGUUGGCUUCGAAAUGCCAGCGCUGGAUCUGAACAUGCACCUAAGCGGGUUGGCACUAGAAGUUAAUCCGUACCUGAUGCAGUUAAUGAAGCAACUGAAAACAGUUUCCAAAGUGCUAUCCUCUGGAGAUCUGGGAGUUCAUAUAGCACCACUAACUUCAUUGAAGCUGUAUAAUGAACUUGAAGUUAACGUGGCUAUAUAUGGAGGUAGAUCUGGACAAAGGAAAACAGUUGACCUCAUGCACCUACCUUCACAGCGAUACACCAACGUAUUUGAUAAGGAAAUAUAUAUAUUCAUCUCCAAAAAAUCGAGUAAAGGAUCACUUUCGCAACCUAGAGAUACAUUCAUGCAACACUUCACAUCGUUACAUGCUAACGCACAUGAUUGGACAAAGUGGUUAGCAAAGGAACAGGAUUGUUUGCUGCUGGGUAACAGCAUAAACGUCAGAAGUGCAUUGACAGUACUACGCGGGAAAAACAGCGCUAAAGAAAGAGGAAUUGAUAUACAAGCAAUAACACAGGCACACCCUAACCUGUCACUAGCAUUCAUAGGCAAGUACCACCUGGAACAAACCGGAUCAAGGUUAUUCAGAGUACCCAAUAGCAUGGGAAUGGUACUCAUGGAGCAAUACACGGACGAUUCCAUGGAACCAUAUAUCAUACUGUCGUCGUCAAUCAGAAUACAAAACUCAACGGAUAUACCCAUAAGCAUAUAUAUUGACAAUAAAAUGGGAUACUUCGCAAAAGUAGCAUUGAAACUAACACAGCAUGCACAAACUACCGAAGAGCUGGAGGAGAUGUAUCUAGAACCUUAUUCUAGCGCAAGUGUGCCAUUAAGCUGGUUUAGUACAGCUAUGAUGCCCAUGGUGGCACCUAUAUUCUCGAAAGAGGAAGAUUCAGAAAAUGGUGUGCCAUUCCAGUACCUAUAUAACCUGCUUAACAGAAACAGCACAAGUGAUAAUACAGUGGAACCAGUAAAAGAAGUCACGUUAAUGCUAAAGGGAAUUUUAGCAUUCAAGGUAACAAUACUGGCAAAAGAAGCAGCAAGUACAAAUGAUUUCGGAUCGUGCCUCUAUCAUUUCAAUAUCAAUAUAGAACCCAUGGCAAAAUUAGUUAACAUGCUGCCAUGCGAUGUGCACCUGUACAUAUCGCUCAACAGAUUGAGCCUUAACGAAGUCAAUGAGAAUAUAAAUGAAGAUGGGCAAAUGCCACUUAACAAUAAAUAUACAGUAAGCGCAAGGCUGAAACCAAGAGAAAGCUUUGGGAUCGUUUUCUCGGAUCAGAAGCUAUUCAUGCGUUUAGGGGUAAUCGGCACACAACAGAGGAAAUGGAACCCAGAAUUACAAACAAGCGCUGAAUCACUGGAGUAUAUGUCACCGGUGUUCCAAGUCUUCCUAAAUAGUACCGGAUCUGUAAGCAUCGUUAAGGCACUAAGGCUAGUCAGAGGGCCCAUAGAAGAUCUGAUGCGAUGUGGAUCACAAGAUAGCCCAGCAUGGCAGUCGUUCAUAAACCAAUACAAGACAAUGUCGAUAACAAUCGACAUAUCAAGGCACUAUAUCAGGCUAUGGUGGCCUUUUAUAUUCGAAAAUAUGACGUCAAACUCGCUCAUUGUUAAUGGAAGACUGCUGGCACCAAAAGCAAGAUACUUUGGGAACCUCUAUGAUGCAUCGAACUGUAGAAUAAGAGCACUCAUCGCAACACAAAAACAAACUUCUAACACAAAAUUAGGAGAGUACGCAAUGAGCCAAAGCAUUAAACUUGAUGCUACAUCAACCACGGACUUCAGACCACCCAUGAAAUUCACAAUUGCAAUGAAUAAAAAGACAACGACGCAAAUGAUACCUGUAGAAAGCUCAGCAUCAAAUACUCAGUUAUUUGAAUCGUUGACCAACAACCCAAACGUUGUAAUGAGCAGAAGAUAUGAACGAAACCAUAAAAUUGUAUCUGCUGAUAUGGAUGAGAUUAACCAGUAUAUAGCAGAAGAAGUACAGAAAACAACGGAGCCGGAACAAGCACAAUGCAUGUACUUGUGUCUGGGUUCUACUGUAAGAUACGCAGAUUAUCCAUAUGAAAUGUGUAAGAUUGUGAGCUUCACGGAUAUGUACACCUUUGUAAACAAACUGCCCUUUGCAGUGUGCGUCAGAGGAGCAACUGUAAAUAGCCAACAACAAGAUAUGCUGACUUCAGAUGUAACCAGCGAUAUUGUGCUGCUUCCAGGUGACUCUGGAUGUCUACAUACAACUUAUACAAGCGCAUACGUAGCAAGCAUGGAAAAUGGAAUGUGCAGUGGUGUAUUCCCAUUGCAAUACCAAAGGGUGCCAUACCUGUUCCAACUAGAGAUUAACUCGAGACAUGUCACUUACUCCACUGUCGCAACGCGAGGUGUCCUUAUACAAACAAAUGUCAUAUCGGGGGUGUUCAAAGGAUCGAAAGUGCCAUACAGCCAUAACGGAUACUAUUUCGUACUGUCACUGCCAAAAAAGCCACAGUACCAAAUACUCAAUCUCACAAAAUAUACCCUGGCAUACACAGUACCUGAGAACAUUAAAUCAAACGAAGCACAAGAUGUAGACAAUUACAAGAAUCAUGAACAACCAUUGGAUAAGGCAACACUCAACAAAAUAGGUAUACUGCCACCAGUAUCGAUCACCCAUUACGUCACAACGGUUAAUGACAAAGCACAGGAAUCACCACAAGUAGCGCUGAAAGUAAUACAAGUGGAUAAUUCCAGCUGGGGACUGCAGCAACUAGAUUCAGGCAGAGAUGGCUACCAAACAAUAACAUUCGUAGAUAAAGGGACGACGGUAAAUAUAUACGCUAGUAUCAUUAUACGAGCUAAUGGUACAAGAAUAGUAGUUGCAGUGGAAUCGAAGAAGGCAGCUAUAGAGUUAAACAGAAUUGGAAGUUGCGCAAUGUCCAAUGGACCCAAACUGCAAUGGUCAAAUAUAUAUUUUAACUUCCUCACGCCAAGAAUCACAGUCACACUAUCCACAAAUAAAAAGGUUAUACUGGCGCUGCAUCUAACAAACACAAGUGUUGGAGUCACCCUUGCACCAUCGAAAAAAGAACAGCUGGUGCUCGACCGUGAUAGUAACGAGGCAGAAACUUAUCGGAGCAAUACUGUAGAGUUUGACGGGAUUAUACAAAGCAUACAUAUAGACCACUUCCUUCAGGGAUAUAUACCAGUUAUUCUCAAAAGCUCAGCUAAAAGGUCGUCCACCCAAGAAAGCUUCCUGCAUCUCAGGGUACUGCUGUCCAACCUUAUGGCAAUAGGACUGCCAGUGUACGACCUGAUACAAAUCAAAAUGUCACCAAUGUCCGUUAAUAUUGAAACUGCUGUCAUUGAGCAGCUACUAGGAUCAGUGGAAACCAUGCUCAAGCUCAGGAGACCGAAGUCGAUCACCAUAAAUGAAGAAGGUACAAGUAACGAUGAUGUGGUAACACCAGAGCCUAAAUGGGUUGAAAUGGAACCUACACUGCCAGUAUAUAUCCGUAAACUAACAAUUGAUCCUAUAACGCUAAGUCUGGCUAUAAGGACGUCCUCAUUGAGGUUAACGCACCAUACCAUGAGGAUAGUGGAUGCAUUACCCUUGGAUACGCCAUGCGUGUAUGUACACUUCGCCAGAGUGGCGCGAUCAUGCCUUAUAGUCGGUUGGCGCGAACUCAUGCAUUCACUGAGGAACACCUACCUCAGGCAACUUAUAAGACAAUCGCUUCCAAGCGCAUGGCUGUCAAAUAUAUUCGCAGUGUUACAUAGACUGUUCAAUGGACUCCUGCUGCUUGUAGUACAGCCAAUACAGUCUGCAACAAGGUUUAAAAACGUACUAGAAGGGUUCUUCAUAGGCAUGGGUAGUGGUAUCAUGCUGUGCUUACUAUAUAUGGUAGGAGGUACCGCCCAAACCCUAGGGCAUGUACUCAACGUAUGCCACAAAAUAGUAGGUGGACAAAGGUCAAAGCCACAAGGAGUAUUGGAUGCAAUAUGGCUUGGGCUAAAUGCGCUGUUCCUACAUGUGUUCUUCACACCGUGGAAGAGGCUGUACAUAGACUUCACAGAAGCGCAGUCUAGUGGUGAUAGCGUUUUUAAAAUAAGUGUCGGGGUUUUCAUUAACCUCACCAGAUGCGCUGUAUCGCCACUUAUCGGGGUAGUCAACAUGCUGAUUACCGUAGUGGAAGGAUUCUCUAACGUGCUGCUUGGAGAUUUCGAACAGUUCACUCAUGUUUAUGAAAGUGACCAGUUGGGUGGUCCAGGAAAUGUCAACAAUCCACAACAAGAUAGGCGCUCAGAUACACGAGAUAGCACCAAUGUGGAAAUGCAGACAUUGCAGAGACGCAAAACAUCCCUCAUACUCAACAAAAGAGUACACUCACGUUGACAAUGCUCUAAUGUAUAUAUUAAAUAGUUUGUAGUGCACAAUACCAAGUGUUCCAAUCAAUAUAAAGUGUAACUAAGAAAUUAAAAAUGAUCUAAACUGCCUUUUUGGCUUAUAAAUAUUAGGCCUAAC